UUGAACGUCUAGUACGGACGUAUUUGGGAUUGAGCCGCAGCGCCUAUCAUUCUCGCACGGCGUUUUACGGCUGCUGAUGCUGAACGGUAAUGCAGGGAUAAAAUUGUAAGACUAAGCAUAAUAAGUAAGCCUUGGUUCGUCGAGAUUUGUAUUAGUUGGUCUGCUCCUGCUUGCAUGAAAGUAAAUACUGCCCGACCCCUCUACAGUACAUUUUUGUUGGGUCUUGCUGGAGCCCAGUCCUGAUGUACUCCUCUACCCCAAAAACUCUGGUAUUCUGUCUGCCAGAAUAAUGAGGAAGAGACGGCAUUGGAAACCUCAGUUUCGUCUGUUUAUGCACUGGAUAAUUGAGAGUUGAGUUUGCGAACGUGUAGUAAGAUCUGACUCAAUGGCAAAAAAAGGGCGUUCCAAGGGUGAAAAACCUGAAGCCAUCAUCGCUGCCUUACAGGCAGCCAAUGAAGAUCUCAGGUCCAAACUAACUGACAUUCAAAUUGAACUGCACCAAGAAAAAUGCAAGGUCAGCAAGUUGGAACGUGAUAAGACACAGGAGGCCAAGCGCAUCCGUGAGCAGGAGCAGCACCGGCACACUGCAGCUCUUACUGAACAGCGGGCACGCUGGCAUGAGGAGAAGCUGAAGGAGCUGGCAGCACUGCGUGAGUCACUGACACGACAGCAUGAACAGGAGCUAGGAAGAACUGCCAAGAUCAAGGAUGGUGAGAUCCAGAGGCUAAGGUCUGCACUGGCCGCAUUGCGUGAUGGAACUGGUGAGAAGGUUCGCACAGCACUGGCACUGGAGGCACGUGAUGAGGCACGGCGUUUCUUUGAGCAGGAACGUGCAAAGUUGCUAGGCGAGAUCGCUGAACUGAAGGCUGCAAAGCGUCACACAGAUGAGGCGCUCAAUGCUGCCAUCCAGGCUGAUAAGACAAAGGCGGUUGACCUGCGCUCUGAGCACCAGGCACAUCAGGAACAGAUCACUAAGAUCAAGUGGGACUGCGAGCGUGACAUUCGGCGGUUGGUAGAUGAAAUCAAAGCGAAAGACAGAACAAUCUUCUCUUUGGAGAAAGAGCUGGAGACCACUACAUGUUUCCUGCAGAAGUUGCAGCUUCAGAAAGAUGCACUGGAUGAGCAGCUUUUCCUUGUAAAGGAAGCAGAAUGUAACCUUGGAAGUCCAAAAAGAGAGAUCCCUGGAAGGGCUGGCGAUGGAGCAGAGCACUGUGGGAGCCCGGAAAUGAGGAGGAAUCAAAGACGUGUUGCUGAGCUGAACUCUACUAUCCGAAAACUGGAGGACCGUAACACACUUCUAGUGGAUGAAAGAAAUGAGCUACUAAAGCGAGUGCGGGAAGCAGAGAAACAAUGUAAGCCGCUGCUGGAUAAGAACAAACUAUUGAGUAAGAAGAACGAUGAACUGACUCAGUCUCUCCAGCACAUGGAAGAGAAGCUUAAGAGCUUGACUAAAGAGAAUCUGGAGAUGAGAGAGAAAAUUACUUCUCAUCCACCACUAAAGAAGCUGAAAUCUUUGAACGACUUGGACCAGGCUCAGGAUGAACAAGAGAUUGAAUUCCUUAAGUUGCAGGUUCUUGAGCAGCAGAGCAUGAUCGAUGAGCUGACUAGAGAUAGAGAAAAACUUCUUAGGAAGAAGCGGCAUAAACGAAGCAGGCCUAUUAAGAGGCAUAUUGUUGUGGACACAUUCUAUGGCUAUGACGAAGAGUCAGUAGACUCCGAGACCUCCUCUGUGGCCUCUUUACGUAUGGAUCGUACUCCAGCCACACCAGAUGAAGAACUGGAUGAGGGUCUGGCCACUGAGGAGUCUGAGCUGCGCUUCAGGCAGCUGACACGGGAGUACCAGGCCCUUCAGAGAGCCUAUGCCCUGCUGCAGGAGCAGAAAGGUGGAGUUUUUGAUGCUGAGAUGGAAGCCAAGGCUCAUGAGCAGCUCCAAGCUGAUGUGCAGAGGUAUAAAGCAAAAAUUGAAGACCUAGAGAAAGAGCUCUCUUCCAAAGGACAAGAUUCCAGAUGGGUAGAGGAGAAACAGCUGUUCCUCAGGCGCAAUCAAGAGUUCCUGGAGAAGAUGGAAAAGAUGGAUAAUGAAAAUGCCCGACUGCAGCAAGAGCUCCAGGACUCUAAAGACCAGAACGAGCUGCUCGAGUUUCGCAUACUUGAACUAGAGGAGAGAGAGAGGAGAUCCCCACCCUUCACUCUUUCAAUUCACCCCUUCUCGGAGGGAGUAAGUGCCCUUCAGAUCUACUGUAUAAAGGAAGGAGUAAAGGAUGUGUGUAUACCUGAUCUCAUCAAAUUGUUAGAUAUUCUAGGAGAUAAUGGGAAUUUAAGGAAUGAAGAACAAGUGGCCAUUAUCCAAGCAAGUACUGUCCUGUCUCUGGCUGAGAAGUGGAUCCAGCAGAUUGAGGGCACAGAGGCAGCACUCCAUCAGAAGAUGAUGGACUUAGAGCUGGAGAUGGAGAUGUUCUGCAAGCAAAAAGGCUAUCUGGAGGAGGAGCUUGACUACAGAAAGCAGGCCCUUGAUCAGGCUUAUAUGCUCAGGGAACAGACACAGUCUCAACACGGUGGAACCUGAGUGACGACUCAAGGCAUCCAGCAGACAAUCCUUGGUGCUGGAUUGUCACUGAUUAACUAGGCCUGUUCUAAGACUGUCGGCUAUGCUGCAAGAAAUGAGAGCAGCACUUUGCUCUCAAAACUACUCCAGUUAUCAAUAAAGCCCACAUUGUUUUUGGAGUUUAAAAUAAAAAUAAACCAAUUUAACCAACCAAAUUAACCAAUUGCAUGUCAAAAGCGGAAAGAAGAGAAAAAUACAAAAAGAAAAAUCCUUAACAAACUUAUAAAAAAGUAUAACAAUUGGAAAUUCAAAAGUAAGUCAUCUUUUUCCUCAUUGACCUUACAGAGCAGUCCAUUCAUCCCCCAAAUGCCCAUAAACACUGGUAGCUUCCCCACCAAAGUGUAGUAUGCAUCUUCAACUCUGAGAGCUGCCACCUCUAAACUCUUGAGUGUGACUCCUACAUCUGCUGCCCUAACAUUUGGUUCUUCAAUGUUUUUCAUGUAGCUAGUUUUGCUAUUCCAGAUAAGAAAUUCAAAAAGACCAAAUUACUUUUUCUGAAUACUUUGGUCCAAAGAUGAACAACGGAAUGGAGAAGACCUCAUCUAAAGAUGAAAACCAUCUGUCUAACGUUAGAUGCAGGUUAUGUAACUGACGACAUUGCACAAAAAAAAGAAACAAGGACUCCAUUUUGGGACAAAAAGACUGCUUGAUGUCUGCUUGUGGCUAUUGCCCUGUGUACUGUUCUCCACUGGAGGUCAGCUGUCAGUUUGUCAAUAAGCUGCAUAUACAGGGACUGCUAGCAGCCUUUUGGGGAAGAUUCAGUCCCAAAAAAACUCAAGCCACCUGGUUGAUGGAACUUCCUUCAAAAGGUGUGCCCACCUUCACGCAGGACCCAGUUCUGGAGUAGUAAAGCCCAGUAGGUAGAACUCAAACUCAUUCCAUUCUCUCACGGCAGCAGUGACAUUCAGAGCAGGAAAGUCAUAAGAGUUUCAAUCUGUCCACUUUGCACAGAUAGAUGGGUCCUUUAUGAAAGCUUAAUGGUCUGGUUUAGAAGCUGGUUUAGAAAAUGCUCUGACCUGAUCCCAGUCCUUUCACCCACAGCCGACAUGCCAGUUUUAACAAGGUGGCCCAUCUUUGUGUAUCCCACGAUCAAAAGACAGGAACGCAGGCUGGCCAACAGCAGAAGCUUUGAUGAUAGGAGACUUAAAAAAUAAAGGUUCCUCUAGUAGCCACAUCCCAGCAGGUGUCAGGUAUUUUUAGUUUUUAAGCCUAUUAUCUAAACUUUUAGAGAUAAUUUUAUAAUUAGUAGUCAGAAGAACAACUGAUCUCCAAUUCUUUAACAGUGACAAAUCCCCCUUUAUGGGUAACAAGGACAACAUUGCACGUUCACAUGAUAGUGGUAGGAGGCUAUCUCUGUUUUUUUUUUUUUUUUUUUACAAAAGAACACCAUAGAAAUCACCCCCUACAUGACACCAGAAAUGCUUAUAGAAGUCCGAUGGCAGGCCAUCAAUGCUUGACAAGCAUCCUCAAGUUCCUCUGGGGUUAUCUUUGAGUCCAGAGCAGCUCCAGUUUUAGAUUCCAGCUGACAAAGUUCAGGAAAAAUUAGCUCAAUACAAACUGAAUUGCAGUGUUCUGACUUAAUGCAAAUUGGGAUCUCACUAGGGCUCCUUUGCUCUUUCAUUCAUAUAGGACCCAAGCCCCUCUUUUUCAUUUGCAAGGCCUUUGACAACACAGGGUCAUGUUUCUUAAUCAGCUGCAUCUCAAUGCCAUUUAUGUCUUUUUCCAAGACUUGAAAAAUUAGUUUUUACACUCAAAUUUGCAGUGUACUGUUGACAAAACAUUCUUAUUGGAACCUUCCCAACAUCCCACCACUGUCUUACAUCAUGGGAAAAAGAAGGUACAGCAUCCUUCAAUUCUACUGUAUAUUUUUAUUUAUCAGGGCCUAAAUAACAAUUCUGUGGUCAUCACCGACUUCUAUUUACAAACAAAUAACCUCAAGUGACACAUAAGAAAACAACAGAUUUCAAUAUGUAGUCAUUUUUCCCCCCAAAAUGUAAACCAACAUGCAGAACCAGGUGGGAAAACAUAAGUACACCCUAUAAUUCAGUAACAUGUAAAACCACAUUUAGCAACAAUAACUUGAAGUAAACAUAAUCUGUAGGUGUUUAUCAGUCUCUCACAUCAUUUUGGGGAAAUUUUGGCCCACUCUUCUUUACUACCUUGCUUCAGUUCAUUGAUGUUUAAGGACAUUUGUUUAUGCACAGAUCUCUUUUGAUCCCACCACAGCAUCUCAUUGGAGUUGAGGUUUGGACUUUGACUUGGCCAUUCCAAAACCUUGAUUUAUUUUUUUUUCUUUAGCCAUUCAGAUGUCAAUUUGCUGGUGUGCUUGGGAUCAUUGUCCUGUUGCAUGACCCAAUUUCAGCCCAGCUUAAACUGCUGGACAGAUGGCCUCAUAUUUGUCUCAAGAAUACUCUGGUAUAAAGUGGAGUUCAUAAUUGCAAUGACUGCAGGUUUCCCAAGUCCCGUGGCUGCAAAAUAAGCAUCACCCCAUCACCACCAUGCUUGACAGCUAGAAACCUAGUUCAUGCUGCAAUAUUCUUUUUUGAGGGAGGGGGCUUUCUCCUAGCCACCCUUCCAUGAAUGCCAUACUUGUUCAGUCUUUUUAUGAUUGUGCUUGCAUGAACAUAAACAUUUAAUGUGCUUACAGAGGCCUGGGAAUUUGCUGGGAUGCCCACUCCUGAGAAUCUUGCAACUGUCUUGAAGGGAUUCCAUUUGUAAACAAUCCUUCUCACUGUAGAAUGGAUGAUGAAUCUGAAAUAGUUUGGAGACCCUUAUAUAACCCUUAUAACCCUUUCCAGAUUGAUGAGCAGAAGCAAUUGCGUCUCGGAUAUCAUGGUUGAUGUCCUGUCUUCUUGGCAUGAUAUAGACACAUAUCUGAGUGCUCCAUAACACCAAACGUCCAAAGGUUCUGCUUAUAUAGGGGUAUUCAUACUUCUUGAUGAUUAACUAAUCUUGUGCAUUUCAUUAGUAACACCUGGCUGCUAAUUCCUCUCUUAAUGAUUGUGUAAGUAGGAAAGGUUUACUUAUUUUUUCUCACCUGGUUUCUGAAUGUUGGUUUACUUUUUCUGAAAAAAAUGACUAUAUAUUGUAAUCUGUUGUGUUUUUGGUGUCAUCUGAAGUUAUUUGCUUAUUUACAGAUGUUGGUGAGGACCACACAGGGUUAUUUAGGUUUGAGGGAUAUUUAGAAUUGAAUAUCUAAGAACAUAGAAUUGAAUGAGGGUGUACUUUCUUUUUCCCAUUACUCGAAGUUCACAAAGUUAUUUUUUUUUGCAUAAAACAUCAGCCAAAAUUCUGUAUCCCGCAAUAGUUUAACAUAAAAAUACCAAUAUGAGGAUCUGCUAGAAAACUGAGACAUGUUUACUGCAAAGAAAACCAAAUGAUGGUCAGAAAACCCAACUGGAGAGAUCAAACUUUCCAUAAUUCUGUUGUUAAAGUGUUUGGACAGAUAAAUUUGGUGUAGCCAAGCAGCACUAAUUCUAUUGUCAGAAACAUUGACCCAGGUGUACUGUCUUUCUGUAGGAUUCUUAACUCUCCACAUAUGGAGGAAUGCAAGUGUGGCUCCUUAGUGGUGUGACCUACAGUAAGUCCGCUGUGCAGGUUCAGUCCCCACCAAUAACAACACAAUCAUCAUUUCUACACUGCCUUAAAUCUCUGCUCAGUUUGGUGGAAAAAAAGCAAUGCACUCAAGCCAAUUAAGGAAGCCUGCUUACUUAAAUGAAAGUGCUUCUUUUCACUCAGCAAGUCAAAUCCUACUUUUUUUCUGAAACAUUGCAACAGACCUUUCAAACAUUUCUUCAUCCAGAAAGAAAUCUUUAACUUGUUUACCAAAAGUCGGUGUUCACGGUUUGAUCUACCUGAGAAGCGCCCUAAGAAACAGGGCUGCUCCUGUGACAUUUCAGUAUUAUUUUCAUUGGUAUUUUCUUGACAGCCAGCUACAUCAUCAAAAAUGCCUCUUCCAAAGUCAAUGUUGGUUAAACUGCCAUUGGCAUCUCAUUCCGCCAAACCGCCAUUGGCAUCUCAUUCCUCCUGCCUCCUAUGCGGUCAUGUGAGCCGCAUGUGACUGAUGUCACCACAUUCAAAGCACGUGCUCAGGCUUGCAUAAACCAUGUAUGUUCUCUCUUCAUGUUUCACGUGAAAAGAGAUAUCAAAUGUAUUUUCGAGUGAGUCAAGAAACAUAAAAAUAUGUCUCCUAAAAGACAUGAAAUGCUUUAGUGACAGUUGUUUGCAGCCUAGUGAAACCAUUUUAAAAGAGCUAGCGAUUUGUCCAAACCCUAGAAGUUCGUGCUCUAAUGCUUCUUUUGGCAAAAAGGUGCAUAGUUUGAAAUGAUUAUCCUUACUGAAGGGGCAAACAAUGGUGAAACACUUACUAGCGUGUCAUUCAUAACAAUUCCAGUUUCUAUCAAUUGAUUAGCAAGGUUUUAUUCUUCCAGGAAGACCAUUACUGCUUUAUUCAUUCAGUUCAUAUUUAACUUUUUCACUGACUUUCAGGAGGACAGCCUCCACCGUAACAGUCUCUUCAGGUACACACCUAGACCCAUGAUGGAGCGACAAAGACAUCUGGGAGAGAUGCCAUCUCUCCCACACCUUAUGAAAACACUUUAAACAGUACAAAUAACUCAAGUCAUAUGAAUCUAAAGAGAAAAGAGUGUGUACAGUCUCACACAGCUCUCACUCCAAGCACCACUCUCACCCACCAGCUCCCAGCAUGCGAGUGAGUGACUGAAUGAGUGGAGACAGACAGACAGAGAUUUCUCCCUCUUAAACACUUCUAAAAUACUGCUAAUAGGGCACGUCUGCAUGGCAGUGUAACCCAUUUCCAGGAAAUGCCAGUAAAUGGCACACCUCCCUCAUUAACCUGAAAAAGGAAACCAUCCAAAUCAACCAGGUGACCAAGAUCACAAUGUCUCAUAACAAAAAAAAAAAAAACACAUCAAUGUUUAUAUGUUUUACUUUGUUAAACAAUGACACAUUUUAGUCUUAGAUUAUGUGGAGCAUCUGUCAUACAAGUCCCUGUGUAUGAUCUGUUACUACAGAAACAAUGACAUAGUAGAAAGAGCGCAUUAAUAUAAACCUAUCGCUCAUGUUGGAGCUAGAACUACUGUGCAAGCCAUUCUGUUAUACAAAAACAUUCAAUCUUAAAUUACAGAAUAAAAUAACUUCAUGGAUAUCAGUGUUACUGUCACCGAGUAUCAGAUGAAAGCUUGUCUUUUGUUCUUGUCAGCCAGCUAGCCCUUACUGUGAUGGCCUGAUCAAGCAGCAGUAUCCAUUCAACAGUGACAUUCUGAAGAAUAGUAAACAGCACAUAUCAUGCAGAGGUUACUAGACUUAAUAACCAUGUUUUUUUUUAACAAAUCCUACUCACAGUAGCUUUAAAAAAUAGGAAGCAAGAAUCGUGGUACCUGUUUUUCAAUGCGUGUGUGUGUGUUCCUUUAUAUUAAUAGUUUUGUGACUAUGAGACCAUGUGCUAAAAAGGCAACCUAUGGCUUCAUAAUAGUAAUGGCGAUUUAAUAAUAGGUAGUACAAUUUUUAGCAAUGUCACAACCAGCUCUCACUGGACUUCAUGCAUAGUUGUUGGCAUGAACAUGUGUGGGUAUU